AGGCAAGCAACUGCAAGCACACACGAUCAUUCGUGUAAUAAUAGUGCAAGGAGUGCAAGCCCCAAAUAUUCACGAGUUUCAAGUUAGAACGGCCACAUUCACUUCAUUUCUAACGCAGAAUAGCCCGCGAUGGAGAAAACAAACUACGACACAAUCAUUAUCGGAGCUGGACUAGCUGGUAUUUCUGCAGCCCGUACCCUUAUACAGAAUGGGGUGAAGGACGUUUUAAUACUAGAAGCCCAAGAACAACCCGGAGGUCGAGUGCGCACAGAGUUUAUUCAAAACUUCCCGUUCGAUUACGGCGCCCAAUUUAUCCAUGGCGAAGUUGGCAACCCACUUUACGAUUACGCAGCGAAAAAUGGACUGCUGCUGAACAUUCCCUCGUUUGAGGGUGAAGGUAAUUUUUAUACUCAGUGUGGUAUUCGUGUGGAUCCCGAAGCAGUGGAGGAAGUGGAAAAGUUAGUUGAAACUUCGUUGCAUAAUCCGGACGCCAUCGCUUCCGAAAACAUUCAAGAAAUUUUCGAUGCCGUCAAGAAGGAAGUGCAUCACGAUAUUAAGCUAGAGGGUCUGCUCGAGUGGCACAAGAACUACCAGCUGAUUGAUAACGCCUGCGAACGGCUGGACGAGUUAUCGAUUGAAGCGUGGAACCAAUACCAAGAGUGCCCUGGAAACUACUGCCAGCUAGUAAAAGGUGGAUUUAUCGCCAUCGUCAACCACCUGCUAACCGGGAUUCCCGAAGAUACCGUCAAGUAUUCCCAGCCGGUCGAGAAAAUUGUUUGGGAGGGAAAUAAUGCUGACGGUACUGGCGUGAUUGUGAAAACAGCUCAUGGAACCGACUACCACUGCAACCACGUCAUUGUCACUUGCUCGAUGGGAUUCUUGAGAGAGCAUUGGGGCGAUUUCUUCCAACCCAACUUGCCCGCUGAAUGGAUUUCGCGAUUUAAUUGCAUCGGUUUUGGAUCCAUCACCAAAGUUGCCAUGAUGUUUGAUGAACCGUUUUGGGAAGGACAUUGCAAAGGAUUUCAGUUCGCUUGGACGGAUACUCACCUCGGACACAGCCUAGCGUACAAAGAACCGUGGUAUCAUUAUCUAACCGGCUUCGAUGUUGUCCAAGCCUCCAAUCCUGCUGUGCUACUUGGUUGGGUCGGUAGUAGAGGAGCUCUUUAUCUGGCCGAACAGGACAUUGGAGACGAAGAGCUGGGCGAAGAGUGUGUGAAAGUUUUGGAGGAAUUCACCGGUCAUCCUUCAAUCCCGAGGCCUUUCAAAACUAUCCGAACUCGCUGGCACAAGAAUCCUUAUGUCCGUGGGGCGUUCAGCUAUCGAACUGGAGUGUUCGACCCUGCGAUUCUUGACCCAUUGGGACCAGUGGUUGACGGGAAACCAGUUCCUUCGCUGUUUUUUGCUGGAGAAGCUUUGGAUCUUUCGCAUCAUUCGACUGCCCACGGAGCUUUCUCGUCGGGUCGUGAUCAAGCGAUGAAAAUUGUCGAGUUGAAGAGGAAUCUAUCGAACAGUGCUUCGGGUUCAAACUAAGAAAACUACAUUUUUCAUAUAUUUCAAUAUUUGAAAAUAUUCAUGCAUAGCACACGAAGUGUAUUAGCCUUUUGUUUUUCACAGCCAAGUUUAAGCCAUUGUUUUUUGUCAAAUUUAAUUAAACGGGAAAAGGGAAUUUGCAAAAUAAACAUAAAGUUUCAAA